CCGGGGGAAGAAGAGUAGCGCACACAAUGCACCGCUCCGGCUGACAAGGGUUGUGUCUCCCUGUUUUUCACGAUAAAUUUCCAAUUCCGUGGAAACUUGUGACGGGGAAGCAGCGGGGCCGCUUUGCCUCCCUCCUUGUGCUUGUGCGGUCUAUCUGGAUUCAGCGAGAAUAACAAACACCUUUGACCGGAAACGUUGGCGAGUGGUCCUCCCUCAACUUAAUCCUAUACAUUGGAUUACACUGCGAAGGAGGCUGCAUGAAGGACCUGCCCAGCCCGACGGGGGCUUGGCCGACACCCUCGUUUAUGGAAAUCGACACCGAGGCUUUGAUAUUUGGGCCUCGAUUUUUUUCUUCUUCUUCCUCUUUAUGAAGGAGAUAAAACCAAAGAAGGGUGGUGUGUAGAGAAACGAGAUAUUAUUAUUUUGAGGAAACGCGAUCUUCUUCCUCCCCAUCAGAAACAAAACAAACAGAAAGGUUCUUGAUUGUGGCUAACAGCUGGAAUCGGCUAACGCUAGCUAGCCAGAGUGCUAACGUUACGUCUUUCUUUUGAUGUGAUGCGAAUUCAACCAUUACUAUCGGCCAUCAACAUUUCGGCAGGAGAAACCUCUUUUAUUCUCUCGGCUGUGGAACAUUAGUUAGCUUCACGGUAAACUGUCCGGCGUGUCAGCCUUUCCAGACAUGUUUUAAGAAUAUAGUUUUAUUCUUCGGUCGCUGGCUGGAUAUAUUGUAAUGUAUUUGGUUAGCUGUGUGCAUGCUAACCGAAUGAGCAAAAAGCUAAGUGGCUGUAAUCAACACUGACCUAACGUUAGCUACCACUAGCAUUACUUAACCUCAACAAGAUAAGAUUAUUUUACUCCCGUUUGGUUUGUGAGUAAAUUGCACCCGUUGUCAACUUGACCAGUUCAUAUUUCACUUAAAUACCUACAUAUUUUCGUGACCACUGGUGUGUUACUUUAAUAUCUGGGUCGUUGGCCUUGCUAACCAAACCAGCUAACCGUAUCAUUUUGCUAACAGGCAAAUAAAUGUGUCAGCGUGUGCAAAUAUUUAGGGAAUUCAACAUGCGAGAGUUGUAUUCAGCGAUGCCAACAUUGGCGUGAUUUUCAUUUUCAAAUGUAUUGAGCGGGGAUUUGACCCGCUUUGUCCGUCGCACAACUAGGAUUGUAUCUUGUUUUUGUUGUUUACAUGCAUAUAACUUCUGUAGUCGGUCGCUAGCCAGCUAAUGUUAGCCUUCUCCGGGACGCGGAGCGAUAUGUCCUGACAUUUAAGUGUGUUUUAAAUCCCCGGGUGCAGUGACGAUUGCGUGCGGAUUCAUUGAAAUGACACUCAAAUUCCGCCGAAAGAGAGGCACUGAUGCCGAGAGAAUGUUGUCAAAGGACGGCGAAUAAUAGCCACUGGUUCCAUUAACGCCAUUUUAACCGGGGCUCCCUGCUAGGGGCCUGUGUGGUGUUGUUUUUAUUUGCGGUUCGGUGCCUUCCACCGGACCGGCAGGGUGGGGGACUUGAACGAAAGUGCCCUUUUGGUCCCACUGGAGUUGCUAAACGAGCUGCCGCAAGAAGCAUGGAGGGCCCGAGCCGAAGCGCUGGAUUCCGGCAGAGCCGACGGUCUCGAUCACAGCGCGACAGGGAGCGGCGGAGGAGGAGAGUGGACCGGGCGGAGCAGCGGGCCGCGUCCCUGUCCUCCGGCUCCGAUCGGGAGGCUCUCGGGACGAACAGCGUGCUGGGUCCCGGGGGGAGAGAAUGCCGCCCAGGUGUCGGGAGACACAAGCCUCCGCGCCGGAGGAAGAGAGAGUCGGUGUCCUGCGAGGAGGACAUCAUCGAUGGCUUCGCUAUUGCGAGCUUUGUCAGCCUGGAGGCUUUGGAGAUGGACUGCUCUCUGAAGCCCAGUCAGCGCACUGACAUGCUGGGAAGGAGGAACAAGGGGAAGAGGGGGCUGGAGGAGAACGGCGGAGGGCCGCUGUCGGAGCCCGAAGAAGGAGCCCCGCACAGCUACUCCAGCAGCUGUUGGAACAAGAGUAAAAAUAAGAGGAGGAAGAUUGAGGGACACCCUUUGGAGACCGGCUAUAUCUGUGACACUGAGAGUGAUACAGGAGAUAAGGCCUCCGACAACGACGUGGACCCUGUCUUCACAGUUAGUACGAGGAAAGUCGCAGAACCCACCCCCUCAAACAUGGCCACAUCCAUUGGAAAAAUCUGUCCGCCCCUUCCGGCCCGCUGCGGCGGCGGCAUCUCGCGGCUGAUGGUGACGCCAAGAGUCUCCGGCCUGGAACGAAGCCAAGAGAAAAACCUGGAGCAGCAUUUCCCGGAGCCCGUUUCUUCUUCUACCUCUUCUGCCUCCUUCUCUUGCCUGCCUUCCUCUGUCACCGCAUCGGGCGCGGUACCGUGCUCCGGCCCGUUCAACGGCGGCCGCCACCACAACGGCAGCCCGCCGCUCUCCAAGCCCAAGCCCAAACCCUUCCACACUCUGCCGGGCCGAUCUCACUCCAUCUACAACAUCAACAGGAAUAUCACGCCGGUCAAACCUCCAUCGGCUUCCUCAGUCGCGUCUUCCUCUUCCUCCAUGCGCCCCCCGACUCCUUCCACCAGCGUGCCGCUGCCCUACUUCAGGAGCUCGGGAUCCUCAGGGCCCCUCCGACCCCCGUCCCGAGCCGGCGCCGGGGCCUUGUUCGCUUCCUCGCCCGGCCUUCCUCCGCCCCCACCUCUGCUACAAGGCCCCGGCCACUCUACCGCCGCAGACCAAGAAUUAAUGCGACAGAACUUGAACUCCCACUUCUUGAAUUCACAAGAGCGCGAGGGCCGACGCAGCGUCCCGGGGGCUGAGAGCAGCGGCAGCAACAACAACAGCAACGCGGCGGCCACGGGGCGAUCCACCCCCGGCGGUCAGCCAGCAUCAAACUCCGGACCGGGUUCGUCGGGCCGGUCGUCCCAGAACCAACCGAGCAUCCCGCCCAUGGCCUUCCAGUUCCAUCAGCACAACCACCAGCACCAACACACUCACACGCACCAACACUUCACGCCCUUCCUGCACCCCACGGCCAGCGCGCCGCCUCUGUUUGAUAAGUAUCCGGGCAAAAUGGACGGACUGUACCGACACCCCUUCUUCCCACAGUACCCACCGCCCUCAGUGCCGAGUAUCCAGCCGGUGAUUCCUCCCACUGGGCCUUUCGGCUCCGUGCAGGGAGCCUUUCAGCCAAAGGGAGCCGGUCCCGACAUCAACGGACGACUCGGGGUUGUGCCUCCCCACCUGCAGCCCAAAGACCCCCGGUUAACUGAUCCAUUUGGGACAUCGUUGAGAUUCAGUAAUAAACCAGGGAAGUGGUGUGCUAUGCAUGUGUAUGUGGCCUGGAUGAUUCUGAGCCAUCAGAAGAAAGUGAAGCUUAUGCGCGCCGAUCCUCACAAGUUAGACUUCCGCAAUGACCUGCUGGCCCGUCUUCCUGGAGCCGGAGCACUGGGACCAAUGGGAGGAGCCAUUCCGCCCACUCACGAUCUCACCAGACCUCCCAGUCUGUUCUCAGCUGCAGGGCCAGUCAAUCCGUCGUCCUCUCCUUUCAUCUCUCCAUCGACGCCCCACUCCUCUUUCCUCCCACCAACAGCACACUUGGAUCCAUACGGCCGAUCCCCCCCCUUCACUCUGGGGGCCCUUGGUUCUGGUGCCUUCGGAGGACUCGGAAGCCCAACACUGGGAUCUGUGUUUGGCCCUAAAGAUCCACCAGCCGGCGUGGUGGGGGGCCUGCCCACCCCCAACCACCACGACCCUUGGAACCGCCUGCACGGCGGGCCGUCCGGCUUUGCACCCGGCCCCAGCUGGGCCAAAGGGGCGGACAAGCGGGACGAACGGGACCGAGCGAAGGACCUGGAAAGGAGAGACAUCCCCCACAUCAAGGAUGAGAAGGAUCGAGACAAUAUGCUGUACGGCCGGCAACCUGUGAGAAUGUCUCCAGUUGCCCCCAACUUCAAGCCCCGCAGUAGCACCCCGAUCUCCCACACCAACGGCCACAGCAGCACCCUGGGGGGAGGCGGCGCCGGGCCAAUCGAGGACCCGACGCGCAGCCUAAGCCGAGACAGAGACCGAGAGCGAGACGGGGACAAGAGGACGCCACAGCCCGCGUCGUCGUCACGCGGACCUCCCUCGUCUCUCGUAGCCGACCGCGAUAGGCCGCGGUCUUCUUCGUCCUCCGUGCUCACUACCCCGCCGCCCGCCAACCGCACGGCCCCGUCUCCCAUGGAGCAUUACUCGCGGCCGAUUGUGCCCACGGGUCACGCCGCCCACGGCGAACCCUCGCACUUGCAGAGGGACGGGAAUCUCGCUUCCUCCUCCGCGGCCUCCGCGUCCGUGGCUUCUCUGUCUCAGGCCAAGAAGUCCGACCGGACCGCCACGCCCGUCUCCUCCAAGCCGCCGCUGCUCCUCCCGCCGGUCAAAGUGAAGGAGGAGCGCAAAGAAGAGCCAGAGCACAUCCCCAUCACCCUGCCCCCCCCGGCACCCAACCACAGCUUCGAGCGCCCCAACAGCCAUCCGCACCACCAUCGCUCCGGUACCCCCUCCUCUUCCUCUCUGUCGCUGACUCCCACCCCCGGUGUUCCCCACAUGCCACCCAACCCGCCUUCCCACCCGCACCUGGCCAUGCUGGACCGCUCCCGGGCCAUCGAGGCGUACCUGGGGAGCACGGGUGCCGCGGGUUUGAUGAUGGGUCCGGGAGGAGAGCGUUUCCACCACGGACAGGGACCGCCACAAGGUCCGCACAGCUACACCUGGGACCCCUGGAGGGAGCUGGCGGCUCAGCAGCACCAUCAGCACCGCAGGGAGGCGAUGGCACUCCGGUCUGACCCGCAUCUGGCCCGACUGCUCCAGCAUCAGCGCCUCAUGGAGGCGGAGCGGGCGUCCAACCCUCACCACCCUCAGACAUCUACCUCUUCCGCCUCCGCCGUCCGCCAGGAGUUUGGCCUCAUGGCCCACCACUUUGACCGCGGCCACCACCUGGGACCCCCGGGGGGAGGGCUCAUCGACGAGGAGCAGCGCGCCCAGAUCCUGAGGGAAGACUUUGAGCGCGCUCGCUACUUCGGGAUGCAUCCGCACAUCCCUCACGGCGCUCACCUCUCAGGCCCCUCCCACGCCGCCACAGCUGCGCACCUGGAGCAGCUCCACCCCGGCCUGCUCGCGCACUCGCUCCACCACGGGGCCUCCCCCGCCGCCCAGCACCACGCCGGCCUCUUUGCCCGCCUCGGCCAGCUGAACCCGCACCACGUUCCCAACGGCAUCCUGGCCAAGACCCCCUCGGGCUUGGUGGGUGCCCUGGCGGUGGGGGCGCCGCCUCCGCUCAUUCCGUCCAUCACCAGUCGGUCGUCCACGCCGCCGAGGAGGCUUGGCGGGCCUGGUGAGCUGGCGGCUCUGUACAGCGCCCACAAGGAUGGAGAGUCCAGAUAGUACAGGGACAACAGUGGAGGAGAUGAAGGGAAAUGUCAGGAUCACUGUGCUGCUCUCCACCCCCCACCCCCAAUCCCCCACCCCCCUCCUUUCCACCUUCAGACUAAUAAACCCGGCCCUCCCAGUUGCUGGCUGGAGGUGCCGGAUGGGAGGAAAAUGCAAGACUCAUCAGAGUGACUUGAAACGCGUUGUGCGGCGGUUCUCUCGAUCAGUUUAAGGGCGCACGGCCUCCGUGCAGCCGCUGUGUAUUUCCGUGUUGCGGUUGCUGUCGGUAACCACGGUGAUUUACAUUUUCAGAUCCACUUUUUUCUGCUCAGCGAGUCGGGAGGGGGGGGGUUUGAUGACUUCCAAGAGGGCGGGCACUGUGAAUGCACGCAACCCCCCGAUUAGGUGUUGUGGACCCUCGUCUGUUUUUUUUUUUAAUGGUGGUUUCUUGUCUUUUUGUGUCUUUCCUUAAUAUCUUGUCACGGUGGGAAAAGACUGCUUACCAAUGAGACCACACCUCACUUUCCUGUUUCACCCCUCGGCUUCACUGAUAAAGAGAUUCAACCUUUUUUUUUCAUUUUCAAAGGAUGAGCGGUGGCUAAAUUGUGUGUGUGUGGCUGUGUGUGGCUGUGUGUG